GACAGCGCGCCCUCAAGAGGCCAGGGUGCACAUCACUCCUUGGGUAGAAGCUCAAAGGCAGACCCAGAGAGGCGGAGUCAGAGAAUCCAAACCUAGGGUAAAUAAAGGGAGUGUCACCCUGUCCAAGGCCCCUGAGACCUAGAGACUCCCGCCUCCCCCGGGCCGACAACAACGAAGUGCUGAGUCACGCUGACUGACGACCUGCGCUCUGCAAACCCUUCUUCUGUACCCUGUGUCCCUGACGCUGAGGCCCCGACUCUGCAGAGGCUCUAGGCUCUGCCAGCCGGCUGUGGCUUCCCUCCUGGGCCUGCGCUACCGCAAGAGUGAGUGGCCUGGGCGCUCUCCCCCCAUCCCCCUCCAGGGUGAUUUUGCCCUCUAUUCUCUACAGCUCAACACCAGAACAUUCUUUAUACACUUCAAAAUGGGAUCAUCUAAGAAGGUUACUCUCUCAGUGCUCAGCCGGGAGCAGUCGGAGGGGGUUGGAGCUCGGGUCCGCAGAAGCAUUGGCAGACCUGAGUUGAAAAAUCUGGAUCCAUUUUUACUGUUUGAUGAGUUUAAAGGAGGAAGGCCAGGAGGGUUUCCUGAUCACCCACACCGAGGUUUUGAAACAGUUUCUUACCUUCUGGAAGGGGGCAGCAUGGCCCAUGAAGACUUCUGCGGGCAUGUUGGUAAAAUGAACCCAGGAGACCUACAGUGGAUGACUGCAGGCCGGGGCAUUCUGCAUGCUGAGAUGCCCUGCUCAGAGGAGCCAGCCCAUGGCUUACAGCUGUGGGUGAAUUUGAGAAGCUCGGAAAAGAUGGUGGAGCCUCAGUACCAGGAGCUGAAAAAUGAAGAGAUCCCAAAACCCACCAAGGAUGGUGUGACAGUCGCUGUCAUUUCAGGAGAAGCCUUGGGAAUAAAGUCUAAAGUUUACACACGCACACCCACCUUAUAUCUGGACUUCAAGUUGGACCAAGGAGCAAAGCAUUCCCAGCCUAUUCCUCAAGGGUGGACAAGCUUCAUUUAUACCAUCUCUGGAGACAUAUAUAUUGGGCCUGAUGAUGCUCAACAAAAGAUAGAACCCCAUCACACAGCAGUGCUUGGAGAAGGUGACAAUGUCCAGGUGGAAAAUAAGGACCCCCAAAUAAGCCAUUUUGUCUUAAUUGCUGGGGAGCCAUUAAGAGAACCAGUUGUCCAACAUGGUCCCUUUGUGAUGAAUACCAAUGAAGAAAUUUCUGAGGCCAUUCUUGAUUUCAGGAAUGCAAAAAAUGGUUUCGAGGGGGCCAAAACCUGGAAGUCAAAGAUUGGAAACUAAUGAAGAGCUGAAAUUCUGCCAUUUGGAUGGACUGACCAUUCAGUAUAUUCAAUUUCCAAAGCUGGCUUAGCUGGUUCUUCUAAAGAAUUUUACAUUAAGCAUAGUGGUGGUGGCACACGCUUUAAUUCCAGCUGUUAGGAGGCAGAGACAGUCAGAUCUUUGAGUUCAAGGUCAGCCUGGUCCACUGUUGAGUUCCAGUAUAGCCAGAGCUACACAGAGAAAUCCUAUCUUGAAAACCCAAAAAUAAAAAAAAAGAAUUCCACAUUAAUACGAAAAUAUGGAUUUGUAGUGAGUCAUCAGAAUGCAUUAUGUACAUGUAUGAAAUUGUGAAAGAACAGAUUUAACUAUUUUAAAAAGGAAAAGUAUAAACAAUAAAAAGUGGUAGGAAUAUAUGCAAAUAA